GUUUUGUAUGGCAGCACUGUUUCUGAUGAAACAUGUGAUUGGUAACAAUGAUUCGUGAAACGAAGAAGGUGUUUUCUAGAUCUCAGUGAUAUUGUUUAAAGUUAAGCUUUAUAAGUAAUAUAAGUGAAAAUAAACAAUACGAUAUAAUGUUGUGCUUUGCAUAUAGAAUAAUCAGUAAUCGCAAUAUCGUUUAGAUCUUAAGAAUAAUAGAAUUUUUACAUCAAAUCCCACCAAGCGGCCAUAUUUGUCUAGAUAUUCUUUAGUACUUCUCCAGAUUAUUGAAGAUUAACAAAAAUGGCUGUUGAUUUACCUCAUCCGAUUAAAAUAGAAGAUACAUCUUUUAAAACAGAAAUCAUAGAUUUAGAUGAUUAUGCAUCUCCAGAAGAAGCAGUGCUGAGAUGGCAUAUUAAAGUUCGCAACCAGUUUAAAACUUUAUAUGGAGAUGAAAAUGAGGAUACAUUAAAUCAUUUAAUGAAAUGGUAUAUUGAGACUUUGGUUGAAGAUAGUUUUGAAAUUGAAGUUUGCCAAUCAUUUAUUAAAAACAUGUGCAAACACAUCCAUUUUUUUCAUGGUUAUUUCAAGGAGUUGAAUUGGAUCUCUGUUGAUAAUUAUUUGGAUAACAUGGAAGAUAUUUUAGCAUUAUAUUUGGAUUUUGAAUGUGAUUUUUACACAAAGAAUUCUAAAAUGGAACAAAAUGUUUGUAAAAAUUUAAUAAAGAAUUUAAAAAUCUAUUUGAUGCAUAAAGAGGAUAGAGUAUUUCAUGUUUUGUUAAAAAUUAAGUUAAAUUUAACUUCGAACAAGUCACAGUGGUUUCUGGAUAAUCUUUUUAAAACUGUAUUAAGUCCUGUUCCAAUUAAUACCUCAGAUGUUUCUUUCUGUCGAGCAUAUAUUUUACAUCAAAGAUGGAAGAAGGUCCAGAGUCGUCCAGAAAUGCACAAGACGAUUGAUGAAUUGUUGUACAAACAUUAUCAUCAAACACCUAAUGCAAUAAACACGAAUCCAAUUCUAAAAGAAAUCCUUCUGCCACAAAAUGAUUCUUUAUUAGAUAUAUUGGCACACAUAAUGGAAAAUGAUAAAAUUUUGUGUGAAUCAUAUUUUAAAUAUAUAAAGAAACAAAGAGUUCAGGAAGAUCUUAUAGGUGAAGUCAGUAAGAUAGAAUUGGAUGAACUAGUCUCAUCUGCAUCAUAUAAUGUAGAGGAGGAUCAUGGGACAACAGACUCCGAAACACUAAAUGUAUUUGAGAGUAUAGUAAAAGUAAAUUCACAGAAAAAUAAUGAUUGUGUAGUUGAAGAUGUAAUUAAAAUGGAAGACAGUGAUGAAGAUGAUUGUAUUAUUGUUGGAGAGGGAACAAUCGACUGUGACCCAUCAGAAACGGAAAUUGUUCAUGAAAUCUUAGAUGACGAUGAGGAUAUUGAAGCAAUUAUAUAUUUCACUGCUAAAGAGCCAACACCUAGUAAACCACCAUCAACUAAAAAGUCUACUCGACCAUCAGAAGAAAUAUCAUUUUUGAAUUCCAUUGAUAUCCAAGAAAUGAAUUCAAAUAAAGAAAAUACAAAUUCAAAUAUUCGAUCACCAUCUAUUUCUAUUUCACCUCCUUCGCUCAAAUCCCAGAAUUUUGAUAAUGAUUCUGUAAAAUCUAGGGAAAUUCUAUCAAGAAAAUUUACAAGGAAAAAAAGUGAUAAUUCAAUUGUGGAAAUUAUUGAAGACACAAAUAAUACUCUCAGCUGUACUGCACUAGAUGUUAAUGAGUGGGAUAAAACAAAUUCAAAUAAUAACGAACCCGAAGAACCUUCUCGUAUAUUUGAAGGUUUAGUAACACCUCCGACUAGUCAUGAUGAUCAGCAUGGUUACGAAAGAGAUUUUCACAACGAACACAUCGAAAAUAGUUGUUAUAAACAAAACACCGAUAAUAAGGAAAUAGAAACUGGUCGCUUGACGCCACAUUCCACAAAUUUCAAUAAUUCAGAUUUUUGUAACAAUUCUAAUGAUGUUCAAGAAAAAAUAAUUAGUGAAUCCUAUACAUCACCUACCUCUCCUGAUAUAUCAAGUACAUGCGAACCAAGCGAUUUAAUCGGCGAAUAUGAACAAGAAACGGAAUCAGAACCAUCUGAGGAAAACAGACACACAACUAGUACUCCACUAAUUGAACCUGUUAAUGAAAAUUCCACAUUAAAUAGUUCUAUAGCACAUAGUAGUAAAGAAAAAAGCGUCUUUAGUGAUAUCCAAAUAGAAACCGCUUAUUCAAUGGAAGAUUUAACAGAAAACAAUCCAAUUGAAAACAAUCAUUCCUUGAAUGAAACUAUGAAAGAAAAUUGUUUUACUAAAGAUUCUACAGAAGGAAAUUAUCUCAUAACUAACGGUAUAGAGGAAAGUGUUCAUUUGAAUUGUUCUUCACAAGAUCAUUGUGCAAAUGAAGUUACAAGUUUGGAAAAUUUAAUGGAAGAUUCAGAAGAAUCCGAUAUAUUUAGGAAUGAUUCUCCAUCAGUCUUAGAUAACACGGUUACAGACAAUGUUCAAAAAGAAAUUAUUAAUAGUCCUCUGGAAAAAGAAAAUGUUGAUGUUCAAAGUAAAAGUCCCAAAAAGGUUGUAGAAGAACAAAGUGUCGCGGGCGAUACAUUAAAUUUGGAAAUAGCAAAUCCUUGUAUACAAGAGAAAACAAUAAUUAACGAACCUGUAAACGAUAAUAUUUUUAAAAGGAUGAAUGGAGAACACCCAGAACACAAUAAUGUUGUGGAAGCUGAGAAUGUAUCAACAAAACAGUUGACAGUUAGUGUACCUCGACUAGAUAUUAAAACCGAAAAAAAAAUGGAUGUUAUAUUCACUUCUAAACAGAGAAUUAAAAAAUUAGAAAAUGAAGUUCAUUUAAGGUAUAAUGAAUUGAAAGGAGAACAUGGUCUUGAUGACUGCUUCAGUGGUGCUAUCGAAAAAAUUAACUGUCAGCAAAAUAUUGUCACGAAUUUUGACCUUUUUGAUGACAGUAUUUCCAUAGAGGAACCCGAUAUUAACUUAACAUCGUUGAACAACUCAAAUUCCACCACGAGUCCUUCUAGUAUUGCGUCACCAGAAUUCGAUGGUGGGAUAGACGAUUUCAGGAACUAUUUAGUUAAUUAUCAGGAAACUGCUAAAAAGGCAUUAAAAAUCUCUCCCGUUUCUCUUUCAGUAGAUAAAGCAUCAAAAAUGAACAGUAUAGAGAGGCCUGUUCGAAGACUGAAGAGUGACACGAAUAAAAACGUAUUAGCUCCCCAAUUAAAAAGAAAGAGGAUAGCGUUCGCAGAUGAAGAUAUUGUAAAUACCACUAGUACCCAUAAGCCCAUCAUUAAUAGCCCAAACCAAAUACAAGGGAUUUUGAAAAAGACAACUGUACAAUCACCAAUACUAAAAAUUCCUAGAGAGCAGAUGAAUCUCCAAUCUUUGGCUCAGUUCCGAGUCAAACCGACAGAUUAUUAUCUACAAAGUAAUCCCUGUGUGGUGAUAGAAAAGUUAAGUGAAAUGGAAAUUAAAGAAUGGCAGCGAGUUAGUGAAAAAACACGAAGAAAACGCUUACUUAAGCAGAAGCCUAGUCAACCGUUUUCAUCGGUGCCAAGUAUGACAAUGUUUAGGGUGGAUUAUGACAAGCAGGCUCCUUUCUUAUCGUCAUCUGUCACAGUCCGUUACAGAGCUCCAGAAGAUCAAAAUUGGAGAUCUAAUACCCGCGAUACCAAAAUAGAUUCACAAGAAGAAGGUAUAGUAGAAUCAGACCUUGAAGAGUCUGAAUACUUUUACAUUCCAACAAUGUGUAAAAACAAGUGCUGCAUUAACCUUCCAGAGCAAUUUAGUAAAUUAAAUUUAAAAUGUAAUGAUUUUAACAAUGUUAAUUCAACUAUUUCUAAGAUUUCAAGAAACCCUUUUUGUGCAAAAAUGUUUGGUAGUAAUGUAACUUCAACAGAAAAUACAAAGACUGGCGCUAAAUCAUUUAUAGAUUUGAAACUAGUAAAUAAAAUUAUUGAAAACUUUGAUAAAUGUGAUGAAUCUACAAAUUCUUUUGAUUUUCUUAAUCAACCAGCUGCCAUACCUGAAGUAGAAGAAUUUGAGAAGACACUCAAGAUGGAAGAAGUCACUAAAGUUUCAAACAUACCUUCAGAUUUAGAUAAUCUCAACCUUAGAAAAUUCACACCUAGUCCUGUAAUAAAUUGUUUUAGUCCUCACUCUCCUGCUUACCAUUACUUUUCAGACAGUUCUAAUUUUAACGAUGGGGUAAAUUCAUUUCAAAUUAAUGAAAACAUUGAAGGUAAGCAAACACAAAAACAUGAACAGGAAAUAAACAUAGAAGAAGCCUCAAAGAACCAAAGAAUUUGGGUCAGAAUCGCGGAAGAAGAGUUGAAAUACAAGCUGUCAAAAAAUAAAGAAGAAGAAACAUUCCAAAAUCAAAAGACUGUUGGUGCAAAAACAGAAAUAGAAGAAGAACCCCAAACAAGGUUGCCAUUGAAGAAACGAAAACACUCAUUAGCUAAUACAAUAGAAGCGAAUUCAGAUGAGGAAACCAUCGGACCUGAAGUGAUAGAAGAAAUAUUAAAACGAGCUCGAGCUGAAGAGAACGAGAGUGAUAUUAGUUAUCCAGCUACACCGGCUAUAAGUAUAGCGGAAGUACAAGAACGGCUCGAAUCCCAACCGCGUACAUUCAAAACUCCAGCGGAAAAGAAGGAAAUGCCUCCACCUCCUGUCCCUGAUUAUAUGCCUGUGCCAAAAAUAAUAACUGAACAAUACAACACUCACACAUACAAUAAUCCUACUAUAAAUUAUCACAUGAACAACGUACCUUAUCCUUUUUUUCCUUGCACAUAUUUUUCCCCUAUUUUAUGUACUCCGGCAUUUGAUGUUAAUGUGGUAAAUGCACAACAACCUGGUGGUCCCUCCCAAAAUCCUCAUCCAACUGAAAAUGAAGUUAAAAUCAAGAAAGAAAAAAGAAGCAAGAAGAAAAGAAGAGAAUAAUGUUGUUUAAGCAAAUUAAAUCUUUCUAGUUUUCAGUAUUUUCAAAUAGGCCGCUAGCUUUGACUGAAUUUUAAUAUUUCAUUUAAUAGUCACUUUUUUGAAAGUCACCAAUUUUAACGGCUGUGAAUUUGUUAUAUAUUUUGUUUUUUAAUAAUCAUUUUACAUUUUUAUUUUUUUAUUCGUUGUUAUUCGAAUAUGAACAUUUGAAGAAGAAAGAAGACAUCGGUAUAGAAGAAGAAUCUCCGUACAUCACGUAAAACAGUUUUAUUGAAAUCACACGCUAAUAUUAGCGAUUUUAUUAAACAUUAAUACAGCAUCACAUAAAAAUCUUUUUUAAUUUAAUUUAUCGCGCGAUUAUAAUUUUUAUUUAACCAUAUAAAAUGAUCCUUCAAUGUAACGUAUUUUUUAUUUUGAAGGUAAUUUGGCAUAUAACGGACGAAAAAAUGGAAAACGGAAGGUGCAAAGCCAAUCUGUUUCCAGUCCACAACAAGUGCGAAAAAGAGGGAGACCACGAAAAAAGACGUGAUAGUGCACCGGAAAGAAAAAAGAAUUUAGCCAGUAGGAAAAAACGUUAAAGCGAUAGCAAAUGGCAUAAUAAAACUAUACAAAUUUAUCAUUUUUAAAUGAUGUGUUUGGAAAACAAUGAAAAAAACAAGGAACUGUUAUAAGUAUUAUCAUAGUUACGGUAAAGUUUUGUUAAUAGGGAAAAUGAUUAUUUAAAAUUGAAAAGAAAAUAAUAAGUUUCUUUCAUAAGUUUUGAUCCGUCAUUUAGUCAGAUAAUUAGUAGAGAACCAAACUGUACAUUUAAUUUCAGAAUUUUAUAUACCAGUGAUGUUCGAAGAGCACAUUCCAUUUGAUAUAAAAAAAUUUAUUGUCCAAAUAUCUAAUCAUUUUUCGAUAUAGCUUCCUUGAUUUGUCAGUCACAGCAUAAUAUACAUUUUUGUUUACCGUCCUCGUAGAAUGUUUUACCUUCAGAUGCCGAAACAAUGCUAAUAGUGAAAUUCAGGUGUACGGGGAAUUGUUAAAAAACUUCUCAUGCAAGUCUUUAAAAUACAUUUUUACUGAGGUCUGGCAUUAUUCUGUAUUUUUGAGCAAAAACACCCAACUCAGUAGCAAGUUACAAUUUGGUUCAAUACUUAUUGACUAUUAUUUUUGUCGCCUUGAAAUUAUAGCUAAACUUUACCCAAGGCUUUUUUCAAUUUUAAAUGUCUAAAAAGACCAAACAAUGAGCAAAACAACGUCCACAUUGUCUUUAAAAUCCGUAAAAUUAAUUAGAUUAAUUUGAAAUUUCUAGAACCUUUGGUGAUAUUCGUACUGAACACACUGUUUUCUGUUACCUUCAACACUCACAAUUACACUGCCUGACGCGCGUUUCGAUAACCAAAUUAUCAUCCUCAGAGAUCGACAGUCCAAUUGUGCAUGUUGGUGUAAUAGAUAUUAAGUUAUACAUUUUAAUUAAUAAGACCAAUCGCCCACGAUGCAACUGUUUUGAAAUAAAGGUUGCAAACCAGUUGAUCUUAUAUCAGUUUUGCAAUCAAAAUAAAACUUUUUAGCGCACACGGAUACGACUCCUAAUCAGUAUUAAAUCAGUUGGUACAGCAGGGAAACCUAAUGUUUCAAUGUAUUCAGACUCAGGUGAGGAAGACGUUAUUGAUUAUUAUCAAUACCGUGGGGUUACAGAGAGAAUAUUAGAUCCUUCCUAAGUCAAAGUGUGAACUCUAGAUUGUUCGUAACAGCACAAAAACUAUCUCAAAUACUAAUAGAUAGAACGUUUAUAGCUUUUUAUCGAUGACGAUAAUCAAAUGAAACAACUGCGACCUCGGUUUCCUGGUCAUGUACAAUCGAUUGCAAACUAGUUUCAAUUGAGUUACCUCACCCAGAUCAACUGAUUUGCAACCUUUGUUUCAAAACAGUCGGCCUUACUAAAUUUAUUAAAAAUUUUCACUAAUAGAAACUGAUAAUGUCUAAGAUCUGAAAUCGUAAACUAAACUUUCGGCAGUUCCUUUCUAUGAACGCUAUAUUAUCCUCGUUUCUAGAUAACCUAAGAAUAAUGUACUAAUUUGGAUAUCUACCAUUUUUCACCCCAUAUAUAAUUAUGGACUGAUUACUUUUAAAUAUUAUUUAUUGCUCAAAGAUUAAUGUGCAAUAGUGUACGAUGUUUUGUUUGAGUAUAUUUUAUUUUUUUUAUUAUUUAUUUUCCAAUUGAUGUUUUUCACCAUUUUUAUUUUUUAUAUUGAUUUCUCUCAGAUUCAUGCUAAUUAUAAUUUGCAAUUUUAUUUGCGAUAAAAUUGCAAGUUCAAUGCCAAGUGUAAGACUACUAGGGCUUCCAAAAGUCAUUACUAUUAUUAUGUUAUUUUUCAUAAAUAUUUAUAAUAUCGAAUUAAAAAUGUUUAUAGUUCUAUAUAGUCUAGAUAAUAAUAAAAACUACUUCAACAAAUUUACUACUUUAAUAACAUUGGCAGAGCUUGGGGCCCUGUAGUCAAUACGUAGGUGUUAAUGUAAAUUUGAAUAUAAGUUAACAGAUUGUAUUAACAUUAUAACUGGAUAUAUGUUAAUGUCCUUUUAAAAAUCAAAGGGAACUUUUAUUUGUAAGAAUCAACUGUCUGCAUGAACACCUUAUUGCCUUCAAUUUAUUUGCUAAUCAUUAAAAGUUUUCGAUCCAAGCAUUGCGAAAGAUAUGUUAACAUACAGAUUUCAAAUAUAUCAAAUAGUAAGUUAUUCUAUUGAGAGAUUCCAUUUUAACUGAAAUUUUAUGUUUUCUUCAAUAACUUUCUCCCUCCUAUUAGAUUUUGUCUCAACCCCUCUUCUUAUAUUAUACUUUUAACAUUUCUGUAGUCGCACUAACUUUGUUGCACCCACCUCUUUUGAUCUGAAAUAAAUAUCUCCGUAUUUCUAUGUGUUAUAAAAAUUAGAAUUGAUUUUGUUCUAUCGCUACUUCAACCGACGUUAUUGUUAAAUUUUUCGGUGAAAAAGUCCAUCCAUUCUCUCGAUUUUAUUUUGGAGUUCCCAUUUCCAUUGCUUUGCACUAUUAGUUUUAUUUAAUGUCUUUGAUUCCUCUUCAAAAGUUAAUGCAGAUUUUGCAAUUUUGUAAUUUCCUGGGUUUUUAAUUCUUGGGGUAUUUUUUUAUAUUUUUUUGCUCUAAACCAUUUGUACCUAUCACUCUUUUCAAUUUUUUAUAUUUUGUCACCCCUUUCCAUUUUGUUUUCUCCUUCCAUGAUUAUGUUGUGUGCUGCUUCUAGUAUUUAUUGUUAUAUUUAUAUUUGUGAUCCUUUCGCUAUAUUUAACGUCCUAUUUGUCUCCUUUUACUAGAUUUAUUUCAUGAUAUAGAACUAUAUACAUAAAAAUAUCCUUGACUUCUGAAAUUCUUUUUAUGUAAUGACGAAAUUUGGCAUUGACGAUUUUGAGUAAACCAAAUUAAAAUUCUCCAAAACAAUGUUCAUUACAUUUUUUUCUUUCUAGUAUCAAGUUACAAUCUUAUUUUUAUAGUUAUCAAAUGUUAUUAACAUAUUGCUACUGGUCCCACGAGUAAAUUUUUAUAUAGAUCAACAUACCAAUUCCAAACCAUAAAGAAGAAAAAAUUCUUCAGGUCUUUACUUUCCCAGUAUCUAUUUGAAAUAAAUGGAAUAAUAAAAUAGGGGUAUGGAAUGGAGUUGUUGUUGUAUCGACCACUAACUUAAUUGGGAAUUUCUGGAACCUUGAUAUUCAUACUAUUUAUGCUACCACUACUUCAACAUUUUCAAUUACACUGUUUGACUUGGUUAUCAAAACGCGUUAAUUGUUAGUGUUGUAGUGAUAGCGUAAAAGGUGUGUUCUGAAUAUUAACCUAUUGCUAUAAAAACUUAAUAUGUAGCAAUUUAGGUAAUGCUUGGUGUAACUUUUCAAUUAUUAUUAACGGAAUUCUUGUUGCAAUCAAAAUUAUGAAAUUAUUUCUGAGGAAACCAAAAGUAGAUUGUCAACAUGUUUACUUUUUCAAAUGACUCGAUUGAUACUAGUGAAGAACUGAGAAAUUUAGGAUAUUUUGAAUAUUUUAGCUCAUGUUUCUUUUUCAUUUAAAGUAAAAGAUGCCUUCCUUUAUAGACCAGAUACAACAAAUGAUAUUUUAAUUUAUUGGUUCCUUAUUUUUAUUUCUAAAUUAAUUAGUUUGGUUACACAAGGCUAACAUUAAUAAUUUAUUUGUCUAUAUGGAUUCAUAUAUUUAAUAAAAUUUGGUGGAAUUAUAUUUUUCGUCCAUUAUAAUGCCAUAUUUUUUUGUAUUGUAUUUUUCGCAAUGUACGGAGUGACUUAUAAACAGAAGUUAGUACUUUGUGACAGUAUCUUAAACAAAAUAAAAAGCAGUCAUCAAACACUUUCUGGUAUAGUUUCAAUAAAUUACUUUUAUGACUUUGUAAACAAAAAUUCCAAUGUGUAUGAGAAGUUUGAUAACUGCUUUAUAGCUAAAAAUGAGUAUUCAACAUUGAUGUAUGUGCAUAGUUUAUUUUGUUUUUUAUAAUCUUUGAAUUUUCUGGUAUCAUUACCAGUAAAGUGAUAGAACAUUUAUAAUUGAAUAAUAAACACAAAUAUCUUUUUGGGUAGGUACAGACGCGUUGUAUAAAUGUAUCAGUGCACUUCUGAAUGUAACAGAAGAAUCACACAUUUAUGAAUAGAUUUAGACUUACAGUGGGUAUCACGUUGUCUUUUAUAUUACUGCUUCGAGUUUUUUAAAGCUUAGCUUUCUCUUCUGUAGUUUCAAUAGUGUGAUUGAUUUGGAAAAUUAGGCGAUAGAAACCCUUAAAUCUGUACCUGAGAGCUAGGGGAACGUAAGGCAUAAACAACUAACUUCAUAAUCAAACUCCAAAACCCUCAAAUUUCACUCUUUUACAUACAUAACACAAACGAGAGGAUAGUUGUCUUAAUAGUUCUAUUUACAUUGUACUCAAUAAUGAAAAAUACGAUUUCUUUAAAAAAUUAGAAAAUAUAGGACUUUCAUUAUUGUGUAUCAAAAUGAAAAUUCAACAUUUGGACUAAAUUCGAUAAAUUCGGUAUUUUUAUAUUCAUUUUUGUAACAUUAUUGUUAAGCUUAAUUUACUACAAGCAGUCCUCUACUUAAAGACCGGUUAUUAUUUAAAAAAAAAUCGAUCGUCACCGAUUCACAGCAGCUUAAAAUUUACAAGCAAAUAGCAUGUCACACUAAUUAAGGCUGCUUGACAUGAUGCAAUGCGCUAUAUUGAUAAAUUUCAGCUAAUUGUUUUUCAUGCAGGCAGCAGAUAUAAUUAUUGACAGUAAUCCACUAAUCAGUUUUUCACUUUGUUAUUUACUUAGUUUUGUUAUUUUAAUUUUAAUUUAAUCAAAUUUUAGGUAAGUUAUUUGUUGAAUCACUUAUGGAAUUUUUGUUAGUGGCAGCCAUGAUGCAAUAGCAAGAGGCUUUCAUAAUGUCAAGCGACGUGCAAUAUUCAUCUAUGGAAUAAUUUGACCUUGACCAUGACAAGUGGCUUUUAACCUCAAAAAUUCGGUAUCAAAUUAGUUGAUAUUGUAUAGAAUAAUGGAAUUGAGGUCCUAAGUGAAGUUACUUGUUUGUAGCUCUACACAUUAAAAGAACUUGAAUUCGUAUAAUCAUUACUAUAUUUUAAAAAUGGAUAUUUCAAUUACUAUAUUUAUUGUUUUGUAGAAGCAAACACUAACGAAAGACUUACAUUCCUCUCGAUAGGUAUAAAAAUAUUAAUUUACGUGGAAAAUACAUAAUAUCACACGCGAGAGCAGUUAAUAGUAACCUUUAGGAAUUCAUUAAUAGGUGCAAAAUUCCAUAUCAACUUUUGUAAUAAAUUCCAAGUGAUAUAUUCAUACUUUUUCCAUAAAGGUAAAAAUAAUCCUAACGCGAACAGUUACCGUUAAAUUCGUUUGUUUACAGAAGAUAAUGGAACCCUAAUUUGAAGAGAAGGCUUACUGCUAAACAUCUUGGAUUGUAGUGUGCGUAAUUCUUCUGUAGCAUCACCAGUUAUUUAGUAUUUAGCCACGACUCAAUCUUUUAAUAAUGCGCCUAUUAUAAACGCCAUACUAGUAAAUUGUAAAUUUCAUAUGUUCAUUGAAAAAAUUCCUUACUAUCCUAUUUUUAAGUCAAAACACAACAUAAUCAACUAUUAUGUUUUUUGUUAUUUUAGUCGUAGGUUAGUAAGUAGAAAUUUUUCUACAGAAAGGAAAUCAUUGAUUAAUAAUAAAAAGAAAUUAUGCUUAUAUAAGAUAUGAAAUCAUGCUAGACAACACUGAAACUUGUGGUCUAGUAAUAAUUUCUUCUUGUACAUAUUGUGAAUAUAAUGUACACUAUAAGCUUUGUCAAUGUGGACUACUUAGAGCUAAACACACUAGGGUCUAUUCUUCAGUCGUGCAUUAGAGAUUAAGAGACGGAGUGUGCACUAAAGUAAAUUAGAAACGCGUCUGUGGUUACCAUAAGGCAAAUCAGGAUGUAGUUUCCACUGCAGACCAAAUUAACGGUUUUGCUGAAAAUUUAUCACAGUACUUUGGAAUAUCAAUUAUGAUUAUUUCCUUUCUACUUUUUGGUGCAGGGAUGAUGGAUCAUUUGUUUUAAAAAAUUAGCUAUAGAGUUACAUGAAGCUACUUUUGGUCUGUCUCAGUCUCUUUUAGUAAUUCUAUUACUAUCUACAAUAAAUAUAUUUGAAAUGCACAAGGUGUGUCUAAAAAGUUCGGUAAAUUGUAUUAGAAAAGAAACAAAACAAAAUAUACAAAUAAGCUUUAUUAGCCUUCAAAGUAGUCGCCAUUAUUCAUAUUUUGAUAAAACUUCUAGAACAUGUCAGUGAAUACUUCUUUCGGAAUCGAUCGAAUAACGGAUAUCACACAUCCUUGAAUGGCCGACACGGCUGCUAAACGUGUCUCUUCACCAAAUGAAGGGAAUACGGUGGAUGAUCGUGAUCAGUUAUGCCACGCUGAUCCAAAAAUUGACACAAGUGAAUUGCAGAGUAGGUAGGCGUGCACACACCUCGUAUAAUUUGUCUCCUACUGUUACUUUUUCUUUUGGUUUUGUUCCUUUCCUAUUAUCAGUACUUUUGCAAAUUACGUAGAUAACUCGAUCUAAACUAUUUAGAAUUAAAAACAAAUGAGAAAGUACUGUAUGGGAUUAUAGAUUUAGCUGAUUAAAUGUAGUUAAAUGCAAAUUGGGGCAAACAUCCUGUGGAAUUUUUGGUUCCUGGUAAGUCAAUACAUCAAAUAAGAUGUAUUGACAUUGGUAAAUGUCAUUAAAAGAGAAAUUCUAUUGUCACUUCUGGUAAUGAUUUUUGAAAAUUAAGGAACAAUAAGGAUUAUGAUUUUUAUAUAAGACGUUUAUCUCAUCGCAUUGCAUAUCGAUGUUUUAUCCUCUAUUAUAUGUGAAAAUUGUAUGUAACGUAACUUGUUAUAUGCCACUGUCGCUACGUUAAAAUUGAAUUAAUUUUAUGGCGUUAGAAAAUUCGAUAACUGUUGGAAAAGUUUCUCUCGCUGUUACAAGCGUUUUAUCUGUGAUUUAAUAUUAAUAUAUACUAUUAUUAAUGGUUCAUUGUAAAUGGAAUGGAAUAGUUAUGUAAAUAUAUAAAUAGAUUUGUUUAUACAAAGUAUUUUGUUGUAUAAAAGUACUGUCUUAAGUGUGUAAAGUACAAAAUGUUUUUAUACUUCUGUUUCAAUUUCUUCAAUUUCAGUGUUCUGUUAUUUUCCAGUAAGCGAAUGAAACAUGUAAUUAAAAAUAUUUUUCUUCUCUAAAUAAAAUACAUUUUCUUCAUGUGA